UAAAUGUGCGUCACAUGUCACAGAGUCGCGAAACAUAACCCCUUCCCGGGGGUUUUGGACUGAAACCCAAGCAAAGGCGGCGGGCAGGCUGUGACAAAUCAUGACGAGCGUAUCCAAUCGGGCCUCACCGGCCUGUCGCCUCCAAUCCAGCUCAAUCCUUUCCCUGCGCAUUCAAGUUUACAAAAUUUUAAAUUGAACGGUGCUUUGUUCCUGCGAAAUUAAAUUCACUCGAAUGUGUUAAAAUGUCACAUCCACAUUUGAAACAAAGGAUACACACCCCUCCACUUGGCUACCCAGUUUGGAAGAGAUAAUAUUUUUGAACUACUCUGGAACGUUUAUAAGGCCAACAGGGACAUCAUGGACUGGAGCGGCAACAAGCCCCUGGACUACAGUCGCCAGCGGUCCAGCGUGUCCGCCUCGACCUGCAGCAAAAUCAAGGCUCGCAAAAAGCAUGCAAUCGAAAAAGAUUUGGGCUUCCUGCGGAUUGGUUCGUUGAAUGUCCGGGUAAAGAAGACAACCGAGGCCUUCAGCAAUUUCUUGGGAGUGGGCAAUGGCAGUGGGGUGGCCCCGAUGGGCUAUGGCAGUGGCGGGGGAACGGGAGCAGCAAGUCGCCCUCACCAUCGGUCUCACCGAGCCCCUCAUCAGCGUCAUCAUCACCACGUUGGUACGACACGGAGUCGGCAUCCGAAUCAGAGGGCAGCGAUGAGCACACCCUACGGGACGAACGGCGGCCUUCCGUCGAGGGCGAGUGUUCCCAAUAACCGGAAUAUCUACGACGGGGUGCACAAGUCAUGGGGAUCGGCAGACAACAUACCACACCGAUCGGAGGAGCUAAUGCCCCCGCCCAAGACGGUGGACUAUAUCAGCAAGCGGAACAAGUCCUCGAAGCGUUCGUCCUACGCCUCCAACGCCACCGAUUCACCCCGGGACUCCAUUUGCUCCUCGAACUCCAGCUCCAAUCUGAACGGUGGAUACAGCAGCAUGCCCACAACCCCGAAUCAGUUGCGUGCUCCCAAGGGCAUCGCUGCAUCCUUCGCCGCGGAUUCCGAUUCGGACUCCGCCUGUGGAUUUGACUCCAGCUGGUCGGUCAAUUGUCGAGGAUCUUCAAGCAGCAACCCAUCGCAAUCCUAAACACCUAAACAAGGGUGUUAACCCACAAGCCCAAAUGUCUACAUACCAUACAACAUAUAACAUUGACCAUGUAAUCGUGAAAGUAUUGUUUUUAAUUAACUUAAAUACCAUUUAAGAUUAACAAUUUUUUGUGUUUGUGAAAUAUUUGUUUAAAGGACUCUUUGGUUUUGUCUUUGAUGUCACACUUUGUACCCUUAUUUAAGAAUUAAAAUCAUAAAACAGUAUAUAUGUAUCCUGAUUGACAAUUAAAGUUAUUAUGCUUUUUGUUGCAUUUAUAAAAA